AUGUCAUUUCUAGGUGUAGUGGGACAUGUCUACAGUCUAGGUGUAGUGGGACAUGUCUACAGUCUAGGUGUAGGGGGACAAGGCUACAGUCUAGGUGUAGGGGGACAUGGCUACAGUCUAGGUGUAGGGGGACAUGGCUACAGUCUAGGUGUAGGGGGACAUGGCUACAGUCUAGGUGUAGUGGGACAUGUCUACAGUCUAGGUGUAGGGGGACAUGUCUACAGUCUAGGUGUAGGGGGACAUGGCUACAGUCUAGGUGUAGGGGGACAUGGCUACAGUCUAGGUGUAGGGGGACAUGGCUACAGUCUAGGUGUAGGGGGACAUGUCUACAGUCUAGGUGUAGGGGGACAUGUCUACAGUCUAGGUGUAGUGGGACAUGUCUACAGUCUAGGUAUAGUGGGACAUGUCUACAGUCUAGGUGUAGGGGGACAUGGCUACAGUCUAGGUGUAGUGGGACAUGUCUACAGUCUAGGUGUAGUGGGACAUGGCUACAGUCUAGGUGUAGGGGGACAUGGCUACAGUCUAGGUGUAGGGGGACAUGUCUACAGUCUAGGUGUAGUGGGACAUGUCUACAGUGUAGGUGUAGUGGGACAUGUCUACAGUCUAGGUGUAGGGGGACAUGGCUACAGUCUAGGUGUAGGGGGACAUGGCUACAGUCUAGGUGUAGGGGGACAUGGCUACAGUCUAGUUGUAGUGGGACAUGGCUACAGUCUAGGUGUAGGGGGACAUGGCUACAGUCUAGGUGUAGGGGGACAUGGCUACAGUCUAGGUGUAGGGGGACAUGUCUACAGUCUAGGUGUAGUGGGACAUGGCUACAGUCUAGGUGUAGUGGGAUAUGUCUACAGUCUAGGUGUAGUGGGACAUGUCUACAGUCUAGGUGUAGUGGGACAUGUCUACAGUCUAGGUGUAGGGGGACAUGUCUACAGUCUAGGUGUAGGGGGACAUGGCUACAGUCUAGGUGUAGUGGGACAUGGCUACAGUCUAGGUGUAGGGGGACAUGGCUACAGUCUAGGUGUAGUGAGGCAUGGCUACAGUCUAGGUGUAGGGGGACAUGUCUACAGUCUAGGUGUAGGGGGACAUGGCUACAGUCUAGGUGUAGGGGGACAUGGCUACAGUCUAGGUGUAGGGGGACAUGGCUACAGUCUAGGUGUAGGGGGACAUGGCUACAGUCUAGGUGUAGGGGGACAUGUCUACAGUCUAGGUGUAGGGGGACAUGGCUACAGUCUAGGUGUAGGGGGACAUGGCUACAGUCUAGGUAUAGGGGGACAUGGCUACAGUCUAGGUGUAGGGGGACAUGGCUACAGUCUAGGUGUAGGGGGACAUGGCUACAGUCUAGGUGUAGGGGGACAUGGCUACAGUCUAGGUGUAGGGGGACAUGUCUACAGUCUAGGUGUAGGGGGACAUGGCUACAGUCUAGGUGUAGUGGGACAUGGCUACAGUCUAGGUGUAGUGGGACAUGUCUACAGUCUAGGUGUAGUGGGACAUGUCUACAGUCUAGGUGUAGUGGGACAUGUCUACAGUCUAGGUGUAGGGGGGACAUGUCUACAGUCUAGGUGUAGGAGGGAAGGUUGUGAUGACGGUUCUUAGGCUUGGAUCUGCCCCAUGAAGCUUUUUACAGAGUUUGGAUGCUGGGAUACAGGGCUGAAGGGCUAUGACUAUGCAUUACCAUGUUCCAUCGUAGCCCUAAGGGCUAGGGACGUACCAGAGCACAUGGCAUCUCUCUUUCAUACUUCGUGAAUGUUCCUGGAAGUCCUGUGGCUGUCUGUCUUAGGGUUUCUAUUGCUUUGAAGAGACACCAUGACUGUGGCAAUUCUUAUAAAGAAAAAACAUUUAAUUGGGGCUGGCUUACAGUUUAAGCAGCUUAGUCCAUUAUCAUCAUGGCAGUGUGCAGACAGAUAGUCAUGGUAUUAGAGAAGGAGAUGCGAGCUCUACAUCUUGAUCUGCAGGCAGCAGAAGGGACUGUGUGCCAUACUGGGAAUAGCUUGAGCAAAUGAGACCUCAAAGUCUAUCCCCACAGUGACACUUCUUCCAACAAGGCUACACCUCCAAAUAGUAACACUCCCUGUGAACUAAGCAUUCAAACGCAUGAGUCUAUAGGGGCCAUUCCUAUUCAAACCAUCACAUUGUCAUUGUCAACUUGCAACUUCAGUUGCAUCCCCACCCAGCACCACCUAGCCUUCUAUCUGUCCAUCCCUCUAUCUGCCUUUUGAUCCAUACAUCCUUCUCCCCCAUAGACCCUCCACCCAUGUCCACCCAGCUACACACUAAUCUAAUCCUCCGCCAUUAUUCCUAUCUGCUCUCUCUUUCAUCCAUCUACAUCUGUCUGUUGCCAGUCUACUCACAACCACCCACCUAUUCAUCCAUCUGUCUGCCUUCCCACCCAUCCAUCUAACCAUUGGUUAACCCAUCUACAAACCCAUCCACCCUUCACCCUUCUACCCUUCCCAGGCUUGCAGUUGCUCAGCAGAUCUACUGACUAGGAAUUGUAGGUCAUGGGUGGUCACCCCACUUCUUGCUUUGGAUGCAAGGACAUAAGACAUCCAGCAAAGAGGUGUAGCCCUGCAGAGCAAGAGCUGUGUCUAUUACCUGCCUGCUAUGUGCUCUGGUCCCAACGACAAACCAAGGCACAAUUCCACCAAGUUCAUUCCAAGGAACCGAAGACUUAAUUGGGCAUCUUUCCUGAGCCUAGGUAAGGGAAUUCCUUACCUGUAUAUAAUACUCCUCCCACAAGCACUGCACCUGAAAAGCGUUACCUAGCAGGGAUGAGGUUUUCCCACGUGGCUCCACUCGAGUCUUCCCCCACACGCAUGUAACCCCAGGGAUCAUACUCUAUUUCUUUUUACAUACUCUAACCCUUCCCCAAGGCCCCACAUAGAGUUGUCCGUCAGUAGGGAGGAGCAGUUGGAAGCUGUGAGUCCGAAGGUGGGGGUCGAGGGUCUAAACUAUCAGCAAGCCUGCCCGGAAUAAUCUCAGGCAAGGAGACACAGCUGAACGGCCCAAGAUGGCCGUCUCUCAGAUCAAAGGACAGCCAGUCACAUCAAGGGGAGGGGGGAAUAAGUAAGGCUCAGAGAGGUAAAGAACUGGCCUGCGGCCAAUCGGCCAGGAGAGACUGGACUGUAUCCAAGUGUCCUGAGGCGGGCAGCAGCGAUUGGUUCUCACAGGGGCCCGGACCUUACUUGUUCCCAUGCCCCGCUCUGGCACACAGUGGUCUAGAUUUUAUUCCUGUCCUAUCUGGUCACUGAGCUCCCUUGAUAUUUCAAACCCCAGGGGCUUCUGUGUGGCACUCCCAGUCUGAGGGCUCCUGAGCCUCCAGAGAUCUUCAGGGAUAGUUGUGCAUCACCGCACGAUCCCGAUUCCUCAUCCCAGCCCGCCACGGGGAGAAGCAACCAAGCUUCCCUGCACAGCGCCCCCACAGUCUCUGCUCCCUUAGGGCACAAGGGAUGCCCGAGGGUGGCAUGGGCGGGGAGUCGGGGAGGGCAGGAGCUACUCUUGGCUGUCUGGCAACCCUCCCUCCUGGCAGCCAGCUCCCGGCGGCUGCAGCCCCAGCUUACAGUGGCUUUGAGCACACUGGGAAAACAGAGGCACCUCAUGUCCCCCGGUCACAAACUGCUU